AUGCGGCAUCUGCUACUGUUCCUCGUCCUGGGAGCGACCCUCGCCCCGGGCACGCGGCCCGAGCGCGUGAAAUACCUGGAGGUCUCCGAGAAUGCGCGGCCGGGUACCAGAGUGGGUUUCAUCGACGCCGAGAAUCCGCCAUAUCUGAUAGUGUCGGUGCCGGGCUCGUCGGUCGAGGCCGACCUCAUCGUCGAUCAGGCGACGGGUGAGAUAAAGACGAGGGUGCCGUUGGACCGCGAGACCCGUCCGUCGUACAGCCUCGUGGCGCUGCCGCAGAGCUUGCGGGUCGUCGUGAAGGUCCUCGACGAGAACGAUAACGCGCCGACCUUUCCCGUGGACCACGUGGACGUAGAAUUCCCGGAGAAUUCGCCGCGUGACGCCAAACGGGCCCUGCCGCCGGCCAAGGACCCCGAUCUCGGCCAAUACUCCACGCAGCGCUACGACAUCGUGUCCGGCAAUUACGGUGACGUCUUCAGGCUGGCGCAACAUCGCGGCCGGGACGGUGUUCUGUACCUGGACCUGCAGAAUUCCGGAUUAUUGGAUCGGGAGGCGCGUUCGCAUUAUCAUCUGGUGAUCGAGGCACUGGAUGGCGGCACGCCGCCGCUUCGUUCGCGCCUGCACGUCAACGUGACAGUGCAAGACGUCAACGACAAUCCGCCCAUCUUCAACCAGACGAGCUACGUUUCAAGCGUGCCGGAGAAUGCGACCGUCGGCACUCUGGUGCUGGCGGUGAACGCGACCGACGCCGAUGCCGGCGAGAAUGGCCGCAUCGAGUACUCCAUCAAUCGCCGGCAGUCCGACCGCGAGGAACUGUUCCGCAUCGAUCCGGAGACGGGAACGGUCUAUGUCAACAAGGCUCUCGACUUCGAAUCCAAGGAUCGGCACGACCUGGCGAUCGUCGCUCGUGAUCGUGGUGCUCAGCCGCUGGAAGCUACCGCUUUCCUGUCAGUGCACGUAACCAACGUCAAUGACAAUCAGCCAGCCAUCACCGUGAACUUUUUGUCGAACGAUAAGACUCCCACCGUCAUCGAGAGCGCGCAACCCGGCGAAUUCAUCGCCCGGAUAGUCGUCAGCGAUCCUGACUCGAAGAACGACUCGCAGGCGAAAGUCACGCUGAGCGGCGGCGACGGCCAGUUUGUUCUGACCACUCAGGACAACAUUGUCUUCUUGGUGGUAAUAGAGCGGCCAUUGGAUCGCGAGGAGAAGUCCAUCUACGACUUAACGGUAGAAGCUACGGACACCGGCGUACCACCUCUGAAAGCCGUACGUACUUUCCGGGUGAUCAUCACCGACGUAAACGACAACGCACCCAAGUUCCAGCAAGAGAGGUACGAGGCGCAUCUCCUGGAAGCGUCGGAGCCCGGCACGUCGGUGCUCCAGGUGGCCGCGAGUGAUCCCGACGAGGGCCGAAACUCGGCCAUCCGUUUCUUUCUGGAAAACACGACGUGGUUCGCGAUCGACGAGACCACCGGACUCAUCACCACGGUGACGCACGUGGACUGCGAGGCCGACCCGGCACCGGUCCUCGUAGUGAUCGCGUCGGAUUCCGGGUGUCCGGCGCUCAGCAGCAGCGCGACCGUACGCGUGACAGUGCACGAUCUCAACGACAACGAGCCGAUCUUCGAGAAGCCGCUCUACAACACCACCGUGCCGGAGGACAUGCCCGUCGGACGCUGCUUUCUCAAGGUAGGAUUACGUGAAUAUGUAAUUUCCUCGACGAGGCUGCGCUGCGAAAAUGUGAGAAAGUGGAGACCCCAUCGCGAGGGCGCGUUUUUCGGACGCGUCAAACGCUAAUGCCACGUCGAGUUGUAGGUGUGACAGGUGAAUGCCGUAACGCGAGUUACAUGAUGAUGAAAACUGUUUCGCGCCGUUAGCGUCGUUGCGUUGGAAUAAG